AUGGAAGCAUCACCAGAGUUUUCUGAACGAUUGGAAGAAUAUUUAAUAUCGAAAGAAAUAAAAAGCUUUAAUUACUCGCAAUUUAAAAAUGUCAAACGUAUUGGUGAGGGAGGUUAUGCAGUCGCUUAUUCGGCAAUUUUUGAAGGACAGAUUUAUGCAUUAAAAAGUCUAAAGACUGAUUUGAAAUUCGAAGAAGAAGAAUUCAAACAAUUUAAGCGUGAGGCUGUCCUCUUUACAAAAACAUCAAAAGCUGGUGCAAAGGGCUUACCAGCAUACGUAGAGCCACAAUGUUACAUUAAUUAUGAAGAAGAAAUAGAAAUAAAUGAACAAUCUGAUAUUUAUAGUUUAGGAGUAUUAUUUUGGGAGCUCACAAGUGGAAUCCCACCUUUUAAUAAUCUUAAGAAGGAUGAUAUUCCUUUCAAAAUUGCACUAAAUGAAAGAGAAAAAAUAAUUGACAAUACACCUUUAGAUUAUUCUAAUCUUUACGUAAAAUGUUGGUCUGCUGAACCGGAUCAACGUCCACCUUUAGACCAAGUUUUAGUUGAACUCAAUAAAUUAUCUACGGAAAUUACAAUAGAGUUUAUUAUAAAUCAAGUUAACAGUCUUACAACUGUUGACAUGGGCAAAGGCGAUCUCACUGAAAUUCAAAUCCGUAUUAAUUUUAGCGAGUAUUUAAAUGAUGAUUGCUUUCAAGUUUUCGGGCAUGUUAUUGAUGACGAUAAUCAAAACUUAGAAGGCGGAGUUGUAAGAUUUGAUCUAUUUAAUUGUGAUGGGUUUUCUGCGUUCAUUAUUCUUAAUCAAGAAACAGCUGAGAAUGUGAAAAGGCUCCAUGUAGCAUGGCUAAUUGUAGGAAAACCUGAAAUAUUGGGAGCUUUUAGUUCACAACAUCUGAAAACAAAUAUCGUUUUGCAUAAAGUACACGUACCAGUUUACUCAAAAACAGACUUAGUUUAUAUUUCUUUGCCAUAUAUAAUGUCCGAGAAUGACAUAGUUUUAUUGGUUUCUUCGUACGAUCCACCACUUAACAAUCUUCCAACACCGAAAAUUAAAAUAAUAAAAUGGGCAGAAUGUGUUCUUCAUUUAAAAAUGACGGGGAUAAACUUAAAUGAAGAAUUUCUCAAACUACCGCAAUUAAGCUUAUAUGUUAUAAUUAAUGUUGCAGUCAAAAUUGAUUGCAAUGAAUCUUUUUCAGAAUGGUUUCAAUUAGACAUGCCACUUAAUGAAAUACGGGAAUACAUAGCAGAAAAAAAAAACUUGGACCCAGAAAAACUUCAAUUUAAAAAAAAUAAGAAUGGUACACCAAUUGAUCAUAAAGAUGAAGAUAAACUAUCAGGAAUCCUUUGUGAAAAUCAUACUAUUUACAUUACAACUGACAAGUCCAAAAUUGCGAUUAAUGUUCAAAUUGAUGAUCGAAUGGAAACACAUUUUUUAGGCAUGAAUGAGAAUCUCACCAGUAUAAGAAAACAUUUUGUAAAAGAAAAAAUAUAUAUAAAUUUUAUUUUUAAAAUGAUGGUCAAUAAGGUUGAUAAUGAAAAAGAAGAAUUCAUUGAUAUUAACCAUAGAGAUGAAAGUGAAAAGACGUUAGCUGAAGUUCAUAAGAAUAAAAUUUUAUAUAUAUCUGCUACCACUAUAGCUGUAAUUAUUUACAUUAUAGACAAAGCCGACGAGAAAAACAAUGAUUACCUAAGAUUUAAAUAUGAACUACCCAAAGAGGCAACACUCGAGAACAUUCGAACUACGCUUGAGAAAAAUAGCAAUGAAGCUCAAAAAAUGAAAUUGAAUUAUUAUUUUUUAGAUAAAGAGGGGCUUCGGAUUGCACGUGAAAGUGAGUCUAAUGGAAAAUUACUCGAAAUUUUAGAUAUUACUGAUGAUAAAGCCAUUUUAAAAAUUAUUAAGACAUCUAGUCCUGAUUGGACUCAACUGAUUGAGGAAUCUACAAGUGGAUUCAUUUUCAAGGAUUACUCAAUUGAAAAAGCCACAAAAGAAGCAUUCAUCAUACACAACAAAGAGAAAGUGGUAUGUGACUCGCGAUUUAAAGUUUAUGAAGAAGAAGUUGAAUAUAGUCAUAAACUGAAUUCAUCGUGCAAAAGUAAUCUCGUUUUUGAUGGAAAUAUCUCAGCUAUUCUACCUUGGCUUAGUUUUUCUUCGGGAAUAUCACUAAAAACUUUAGAUCAAAGGCUUAAGACUGAAUCGAAUUCGGAAAAAUAUUCCCGUAAGAAAGUGCAAAUGGCUGAAAUUAAAAUUUCGAAAGAUGAUAUUCAUCCAACUUCAGAAUUUGAAAAUGAUGUUAAAGAAGCAUUAAUGGGACGCAAUAAAGUAAAAAAACUUCGCGAUGUUACAAAAAAAUAUGGUCUCUUUUACGCACAUCAUGUUGUUUUUGGUGGUAUGGUUGUUAAAUCAAGUGAAAUAAAAAAGACAAAUAACAUAAACGCACAGACGAAUAAUAUAAAUUUAACUAACAGCAUUAACUAUGAAUCAGAAAUCGAAAAUAGAUCAUUAGACAUCAAUUCAGAUGCAAUUAAUCAGGUUAUUGGUGGAAAUAUAGCAGAAUAUUACUACCAAGAUGGUUUGAACAAAUGGAUGGAGUCACUUAAAGAUCAUCAGUUAUGGGAUAUAAUUGGGUAUGAUGAUAUUCAUUUUAUUUUCGAUUUAUUGAGUGAUGAUUUGCAAAAAAAAAUUAAGGAGGCUUUGGGUCAACGAAUUUUAAAAAAAAAUGUUGAGCCUUUCUCCUUUAUAUUAGAUGAAUCCAGAAAACCAGCAAUUUAUAAAUUAUAUAAGAAGUUAGAAGAUAUUCCUAAUAUAUUUGAAUGUCAAAUUUUUACGUCUAUAAUGAACGAGAAAGAUAAAGAUAUAUUUUCUUCUCGCGUCGAUUAUGAGAAUGAAGAUAGCCCUAUAAUCCUUAUUCAUCAUAUUGUAAGCAACGAAAAACGACGAAAACAAAAAAAAUCAAACAAGUAUGAAAUUCUAAUUAGUUGGGUAGUUAUAGGUUAUCCUUCCAACUUUGAUUUUAAUCAAAUAGAAAUUGAUAGUGGCAAAUAUGAUAUAAAGAUUAAUAAAAACAAUCAGUAUAUUGUAGAAGUCCCACUAAUAAACGCCAACAUUCCCGAAACUUGUUAUUUGGGCACGUGUGUAUUAGAAUCACAAAAUGAUAUACUAUAUGAUCCUAAAUCAACAAUUGCAGUCAGUGUCCAUUUUUCUCAGGCAAAAAAUUCAGCAUGUCUAUUCAUCCGUGAUCUUAAUAUUAAAAAAAGCAACUUAGUUACCGACAAAAAUUUCUUAAUAAGGCUAAAAUUAUUUUUUUGUACCAUUGCAAAAUGCGGCAAUACACACAAUAUUGAACUGUAUAACAUUAGCUGGAAAAAUGACAAGUCACAACCAUUGAUCUCUUAUGGAACUGAAAACCAGAAAUGUCUAUCAAACGCUAUUAAACUGACUAGACAACAGAAAACUUCAUUCUUAACGAGUAUAAUUUUUGAAACUUGUCCGUCCGAAUGUAAGUAUCAUGGACUUGUAAAUAUUACUUCCGAUAAAGUAAUGUAUGGAUCGUUAAAUGGUGUGCCACUUGGGAAAAAUUUUAGAUCAAUCAUGUACUUUGGUGUCUUAUAA